UAGAGAGUUUAUUAUUCUUACAUACUUACUUCUUGGCGCUAGGUUCUAGGAAUAGAUUAUUAUUUGUUUGUAUUUUUCCAUUAGAACGGUGUCCCAUUCUGGCCAACAAGGUGAUCGACAUGGUCACCUAUCUGACCUUGAGGAAUGCUAAGACCCAAAUGAGUGUGUGGGAUUUGCCUAACUGCAGUCUGAAGCAACUGAAGUCAACCUCAGAAAGGCGAGACCAAGUGUCUGUAUGAGCUCAUGUUGCAGAACCUGGAGAAGCUGACAAAGGAGGACAAAAACUCAGGUUUCUCCUGUAGGACCCUCAUCUGUGGAGAAGUGGUGAAGGCCUGGAACAAGGCCCUCAGCCUCAGAAGAUGGCCCAGAGGAAAUUGGGGGGGCAACUGAAGGGAAAGGCCUUUCAGUUUGCUUCCUGAGCUCCAGCUGCUCUUUUUUCCUAGGAAGAUUCAUGAGAAACUUCUCAGGAUCACCUAACUGGUUUGGAACAUCCUGAGUUCUGGGUCAUGGUGGUGAGGCCAGAACAAUGAGAAGACGCAAGAAUCCAGGUACCCGGCCGAACAGACGCAGAUCUGAGGCUCAGCAACAUGGCAACAUCACCCAGAUGACCUGUGCGAGGGCUGGGACAGGGAUCACUGUCAGGACUGCCUCCUCGCUCACCACUCCUGCCCCACUCCGCCCACAGAAUCUGAUGGCAGCAGCCACUCUGGGCCCCCCAACUGAGAUUAAUGUGACCUUUGAGGAUGUUGCCGUGUACUUCUCCCAGGUGGAAUGGCGCCUCCUUAAGGAGGCUCAGAGACGCCUGUACCUCGAAGUGAUGAUGGAGAAUUUUGCACUUAUAUCCUCUUUAGGUUGCUGCUGUGGAGCAGAGAAUGUAGAGGUACCCAUUGAACAGAAUGUUUCUGUGAGAGUGUCUCAGGCAAAGAAUCCUGAUAUAGCUUUGUCUUCCCAAAAGAGCCACCCCUGUGAGCGCUGUGCACCAGUCUUGAGAGAUAUCUUCCACCUGGUUGAGGAGCAAGGAACACAGCACAGCCAGAAACUAUUGAGGUGUGGCGCAUGCGCAAAACAGUUUUAUUUCAGUGCCAAGUGUCACCAGCACCAGGAGCAGCACAUGAGGGAGAAGCCUUUCCUAAGAGGUGUGGGCAGGGUCUCACUUGUGAGGGGCUGCAACUUCAGUGUGUCCCAGAAGCUUUUUAUCUGUCGGGAGGUUGGACAGGACAUCCUUACCAGCCCAGGACAUAUCCAGGAACAAGCUAUUCACACCGGGGACAAGCCAAAUGAAAUGCUGAUGUCUGGGGUGAGUUUUCAAAGGAGAAAAAAUUAUUACACCAGAAAAGAACGUAAGAAAGCCAUUGGCUGCAACCACACACUUGUUCCAGACAAAGCUGUCCCUACUGGAAGACAGUGUUUUGUGUGCCAUGAAUGUGAAAAAUGUUUUACAAGACUCUCUGGCCUUCGUUAUCAUCAGAAAGUUCACACAGGGGAAAAGCCAUUUAAGUGCAAUGAAUGUGGGAAAUGCUUUAAAGAUCGCUGUGGCCUUAUUCAACACCGUCGAGUUCAUUCUGGAGAAAAACCUUAUGAGUGUGGUGAAUGUGGGAAAUCCUUUAGCCAAAGUACUAGCCUCAUUCAACACCAGAGAGUUCACACUGGAGAAAAGCCAUAUAAGUGCAGUGAAUGUGGAAAAUAUUUUACCAGAAUCUCUAGCCUUUAUUGUCAUCAGAGAGUUCACACUGGAGAAAGGCCUUAUGAGUGCAGUGAAUGUGGGAAAUCUUUUAUCAGGAAUCAUCAUUUGCGUUGUCAUCAGAGAAUUCACACUAGAGAAAGGCCUUAUGAGUGCAAAGAAUGUGGAAAAGCUUUUAUCAGGAACUCUGACCUCCGUUGUCAUCAGAGAUUUCACACUGGAGAAAGGCCUUAUGAGUGCAGUGAAUGUGGGAAAUCUUUUAUCAGUAGCUCUGGCCUCCGUUAUCAUCAGAGAUUUCACACUGGAGAAAAACCUUAUGACUGCAGUGAAUGUGGGAAAUCUUUCACCUGUAGCAGUGGCCUCCGUUAUCAUCAGAGAUUUCACACCGGAGAAAGGCCUUAUGAGUGCACUGAAUGUGGGAAAUCUUUUGUCAGGAACAUUCACUUGCGUUGUCAUCAGAGGGUUCACACUAGGGAAAGGCCUUAUGAGUGCAAUGACUGCGGGAAAUCUUUUAUCAGCAACUCUGACCUUCGUUGUCAUCAGAGAUUUCACACUGGAGAAAGGCCUUAUGAGUGCAGCGAAUGUGGUAAAUCUUUUAGCCAAAAUUCUAACCUCUCUAAGCACAUGAGAGUUCACAUGGGAAGAAGUUCUUAGAUGUGUAGGAAAUGUACAAGUUUUUUAUUCAGUGUUAACAACUCUGGAGGAAACUGCAGCUCCAUUUUUCUGAAUUUAAUCUCAUUGAACUGUCAACAAUAGGGAGAUUUGCCUUAAGUUUUAAUUAAUGUGGGAAGCAUAUGUGCCCGAGUUGGGUCACACGGCUCCUGCCAGAUUUAUGUCACUACAAAUUUCUGUGGCUGAAUGUACCACCUGUGCCACCUAGCAGGUCUCCAUAGUUUGCAUCAGUCACCAUCCUAAUGUGCUCAGGAAAGCUGACUUUGUUCUCUGAUUUGUUGAUGGAAAUUAGGAGUAGCCUGAGCCUUAUGAGAUCUGCAUUUCCUUCACUCUGAUUAGUUGGGGCAUGAGCCUGACCAAGUCUUGACCUCAGAAAAUAUCAUCUGCGUUUAGCUGAUGGCUUACAGAAGGACUGCCUUUUCAGGGGCAUGGUUUCCUACAUACCUGUGAUGAAUAUUUCCAAUGUCAAAGUUACCAAUGCAAGAACUGCCAGGUCCAUUUCCCUUUGGUUUGUAAAAUGAAGGCCUUUUUCCUCUUUAAUCUUGGGUGUUUUAUUUAGUGUGAAGGGUAGAUUAUAAGCAGACUUGGGCUCUAUGAGCAUGAAGAGGUAAGGAACUAUUGUGGGGUUCUCAAAUUUUCUCUGCCUUCGAGAGGCCGGUAUGGUGCUGAUAUUAGCCUACCAGUUUUUGCCAAAUAUACAUUGCUGCCCACAUGCUCCUAGGAAAGACUGCAGGGCUCUCUGGUACUCACAUGAAGCUCAGAUGCUGAGUUUUAGGAGACUCAGAAAUCAUUUUUAAGAGGGGGCCAGUGUGACAACCUCAAGUGCUUCUAAGGGCAGUCUGAAUUUGUCCCUUGUUCACAAGGUAUUUUUGAGGGGAAUCACUUUUGAAGGUCUUGCAAAGGACCAUGUGACCUAAUAUCUACAAUUCCAUGGGUGAUGAUCACUUGGUUGUAGGACCAUAGGGGUUAUCCAUGGUUGCUACAGAAUCACUGACAUAAUGGGGAUUGGAGAACACUGCAGCCAGCUAGCCAUAAUGUACCUCUUCUAAACAUGCAUCCAGAAUUAUUUCUGUGAAAAGACUGCAGGAUUAUUGUGUACACAAAUCUGAGUAUCUCCAGGCAUGUUUAUCUUCUGUGCCCAAAGUCAUCGUCAUUGAAAAUAAUCAAAAGAUUUUGUUGACUUAUGUACCCUCUCAGGUGUUCACCUGAAGACAGUUAGUGCCCAGACAGGAAAUCAAAGAUAAAAGUGGUAUCUAUAGUCCAGGGAUGUGGCUUAUAAUCCAGCCAGCAUUGCUUUCAUUUGGGUGAAAGUCCUUCAUUGUUUGGUAUAUUUGAUGUCACUGAGGCAAGACUGAUCCACAGAGGGGAUGAGGUUGCCAAGCCUAUUUUCCAAAGUGUUGGACAUACAGGUUUUUUCCUAAUAAUGUUGAACCAUUUUUCAAAACUUCUAAUUCGUAAACAACGUAUUUCAAAUAUAGUAUCUGAUGAAUUUUGACAUAUCUAUUAAACUGAAACCAUCAUAAUAGUCAAUACUGACCAUAUCUGUCACUGUCUUUUUACUUAAUGUACUUUUCUAAUAUCCCUCUCCCUGUCCUUCACAGCUCUC